AUGUGGGAAAUCAUGAAAGCAGAUGACUUCCAAAUAACGUUAGCUAUCAUCGAAGCAAGUAGGGCUAAAUGGACUGCCACCGUCAAGCGCAAAGCCAUUUAUGCCGACUACCACUUGCAAGUCAAAUUGUACUAUGUGGAAAAAUUGUUGUGGCGCGAGCUCUUCAGAAGCCAUCCUUUCCCUGGAGUCAAGCCCAAGCCAGUUGCAGGUGCACAACCAGCAACAGGCGAGAGCUCGAAGUCCAAUGACAAAGGGAAAGACACGAAGAACGCGAACGCCCCUCCUAAUCUUACCAAAGAACAGGAGAACUCCGCCAAAGCUAAAGCGAUUGCUGAUGCUGCUGCCGCCAAGAAAGCUGCUGAAGCUGAAGCCUCCAAAGCGAAAGCAAACGCCGAUGCCGCCGCCAAGAAAGCUGUCGAGAAAGCCAAAGCAACUGCCAACGCUGCUGCCGCCAAGAAAGCUGCCGGCAAAGCCAAAGAGACUGCUGAUGCUGCUGCCGCCAAGAAAGCUGCCGACAACGCCAAAGCAACCGCCGAUGCUGAAGCCGCUAAAGCGAAAGCAAAAGCUGCUGCGGCUUCCCCAGCCAAACCAACUCCACGUUCCGCUCCCUCCAGAUUACCAAGACCGCCAAUGCUCACUAAACAAGACAACAGCAGUAUACCUCUAUACACAAAAGUUCGUGACGCGUGUGCGGAGUGUCAAAAAUUUCUGGGAGCAUACUCCCGGGAGGCCGCUAAGGUACAGCCGAGAUCCAAGCCACUGUUUGCCGACGAGUAUUUUCCUACUUGGGCAGCUACAGUUGGCUAUUCACCUGCUGCAGCCCCCGCUACCAAUGCUCCACUUCGUCCAAAUGCUACUUCAGGCACGACUUCAUCUGCUCCUCCAACUCCACAGGAUCUCAAAAAAAUCGAUGAUGCUCUAAAGAGUGACCAUAUUGGUUCUUGGUCAGAGGAAGUCGAAGCCGAAGAGCUUGACGAUGAAGUUAAAGAUGAUAAAGUAGAAGAAGAAUGGGUGAUUGAUGUACGCAUUGCUAGGCAGAAGAAGUUGAUCGCUCAUCAUAAAUCAAAGCCAAGAUUUCAUGGUAAGAGUGAUGAAGACAUUUGGGAAAUCUUGCAUGAAUAUUAUGCGUGGGAUGAAGAAUUCCAAGACUUCGCCGGGUUCUCGGGGGUUGAUGGCGGAGAUGAAGGCAGAGGUUCGUGGGAUUGA